CGCAUGAAAGCGCAACGUCAGUCCUCCCCGAGCAUCUCUCUCGUCCAUGUGUCAACCCGCUCAGCCGGUUGAACGAGAGACAUCUGCUAACCUUUCCGUCUCUUUCGUUUUUUUUCUCGGGCCAGUACCUGCUCAAACAAUUCCGGCAUAGAAACGUUCUAUGCUCAGAGCUAGAAUGUCCAAUCUACGGAAAUUUAUAGAUAUCGGAGCCAAUUUGACAGAUCCUAUGUAUCAAGGAAUCUACCACGGGCAUCAAAAACAUCAGCCAGAUCUAGAUAAAGUUUUAGAGCGUAGCUGGAACAACAAUCUCUCGAAAAUCAUUAUUACAGCUGGUAGCAUGGAAGACAGCAAGAAGGCUCUUGAAUUAGCGAGAACUGAUGACAGGCUUUACUCGACAGUUGGCUGCCAUCCGACCCGUUGCAAUGAAUUCGAGGAAUGUGGCGAUCCAGGAAAAUAUCUCAAGUCUUUGUCGGACUUGGCGCUGAACAACAAAGACAAGAUUGUCGCCAUUGGCGAGAUGGGCCUGGAUUACGACAGACUGAAUUUUUGCCCGAAGGAAACCCAGAAGAAAUACUUUGAGAUGCAAUUGUCGCUGUGCUCCACGUUGAAACUGCCGAUGUUCCUCCACUGCCGUAACGCCAGUGAUGAUUUUGUGCGAAUUUUGAGGAAACACAAAAACGAGUUGACACCGGGCGUUGUACAUUCCUUCGAUGGCAAUCCGGAAGAUGCAAAUUCUAUACUACAGCUAGGCUUGUACAUUGGAAUUAACGGAUGCUCCCUGAAGACAGAGGAGAACUUUUGUGCGAUCACUACCAUUCCCUCGGACAGAAUCAUGUUAGAAACCGAUUGUCCAUGGUGCGAGAUCAGGCCGACGCAUGCAUCUGCAAAGGAUGUCAUCACUCAAUUCCCAUCCGUUAAGAAGGAAAAGUGGCAAAUAGAUCGAAUGGUUAGAGGACGAAAUGAACCUUGUACAAUAGUACAAAUAUUGGAAGUCCUAGCACGGGUCAGAGACGAGGAGGAGGAGUACUUGUGCAAUCAAAUCUACAAGAACACGAUGAAGCUCUUCUUCCCGUACGAAUUAUAGUGUGCGAAUAAACGUCGGUACAAACGUGAAAGAAAGAAACUAAAGUGCGUUGGUGGAAGCGCACUUGCAGAAGUAAUCAGGGAUACAAGCUGUGAACGCGCGCGCAGAGUGGAACACGAAAAUAAAAAAGAGAACAGAGAAAGCAGACUGUUUGUCAGACUCCACUGGAGGAAGGAAAUGAAGACAACUCAUUUUUGCAUACGUAGGCUUUAUGGAUGUGGUCGUCCAUAAAGUGUGGACUGUCCACAGAUCUCUUCCCAUGUAAAACUUUAAUAUAUUCUUGUUAAAAUUAUUAUCAUUAUUAUCUCGUAAUAUCAUGUUCAUCGAUCGCAUUUUGUCAUCAUCUUAUUACCAUCUCAUCAACAUUAUUAUCAUUAUUAUUAUUAUAUUUAUUAAUACUAUUCUAGUAUUCCUACGAAUAUUACUGUGUUGUCGCUGUCAUUGUUCCGACCUAUUUCUCCGUAAAUUAUUACUAUGAA